CUCCAAGCAUGCAGAGUCAGCUGUUUUUUAAAUGCGAAUUAGAUCCCAGUUUGACUUACUAUUUUUAUUUACUUAAAAAUAAAAAAAAUAAAUAAAUGGAAUCCAUAAAUCGUCGCCAUCACGACAUUCAAGAGAUCUUUAAAGAAGGCCGAGCUACUGAUGGCUUUCUUCGGGUGGCGGCACCCAUGGUUAGGUAUAGCAAAUUAGAAUUUCGGCGCCUACUAAAAAAGCAUGGGGUACAACUCCGUUUCACACCAAUGAUUAUAUCGGAUUCUUUCAUAAGAAGCGAAAAAGCCCGUCAAAAUGAAUUCACGACAGCUCCAGACGAUGACCCGGUAAUCGCACAGUUUGCCGCUAAGGAUGCUCAGGAAUUUGUAAAUUCCGCCAAACUAAUCUACCCAUAUGUAGAUGGUAUUGAUCUCAAUUGUGGAUGCCCUCAAUCAUGGGCAAUAGCAAAAGGAUAUGGUUGUGGUCUUCUUAAGCAGCCGGAAUUGGUAAAAGAUAUUGUACGCACCGUCAGGAGAACGGUGAAUGAGAAAUUUAGUAUUUCCUUGAAAAUUCGUCUGCUACAACACGAGUCGAGCAAAACGACUGUGGAUUUUGCCCGCCAAUUACAAAUGUGUGGUGCCGAUUUUUUAAGUCUACAUGGCCGGACCAUGUGGCAAAAGACGUCAGAACCUCUAAAUAUCCCAGCCAUAAGGGACGUUAAAGCUGCAUUGAGUAUUCCUCUUAUAGCUAAUGGUAGUGUACGCACCUGGAAGCAAGCGUGUGAGCUGCACGAACAGACUAGAGCCGAUGGAAUCAUGGUAGCAAGAGGUUUGCUAUCAAAUCCUGCCUUGUUUAAUCCACAAUACCAAGAAGCCACCAGCACGCCAAUGCAAUGUGUACAGGAUUGGUUGGAUAUUGCAGCAGAGGCUGGCGAUAAUAUACACUUUCUUUGUUUUCAUCAUCAUCUAACGUUUAUGUUUGGGCCAACGUUAAAACGCAAAUUAAGAUUGGAAUUUAAUUCUUUUACUUCAAAGGAGCAGAUAUUCGACUUCUUUGAAGAAAACUAUAAUAUUAAACCCAAUGUCUAUAUGGGAACUCCCUCGCCGCCUAAUACAAUUUGUAAUUAUGACCAUUUUGAGCCUAGUGUCACAAAAUUUAAUAAUGUUGAAGAUGCCACGACGUGGAAUUCCAAUUCAAAUGGCAAAUUUUUCAAUGAAUUUACUGAAGAUCUAGAAAGCGAUGAGGAUUGUGAGUUGGGGAACAGUUUCUUCGCCGAAAUCUAAAUGAUAAUAUACAACAUAGAGUUUUGCGAUAUGUAUUUAUGGACUUUUCAUUGGCUUAACUGAUGUAUGUACAUAUGUAGGAGUUUGAGAAGAUUGACCGUCUAUUUGCUAAACAGACUCACUAUUUUAGUCCAUUGUGAUACCACAGUUGAGCCUAACUAGGCCUCGGGGGGAAUCGAACCCACGUCCCAGCGCUGGUAAUCCGAGAACGCUACCAACUCGGCUACUGGGGCGAUGUAUUUGUACAAGGCCCAUUGAAGUUGUGCUAAAUGUAUGUGGAAAACAAAUUUGUAUGUGAAACCUUUAAUUAAAGUAAAAUAUACAGUGCAGUUUGUACUAUAUCAAUGAAAGUA